AUGCUUCGGGAACGUUGCAAACCAUACACCUUUCCCAGCCGUGUGACGCAAGAUUGCCAUAUAAUGCGAAAAGAUGUCCAGAACAUGGCCAAAGAGCACAACAUGAAAGAUUAUAUCUGUGUGCAGCUUGCUGCAUUGCAAAAGACCCACAUCAGAGACCGGCCCGUAACUAUUAGCGGAGGUUACACCAUCUAUGCUGAUGAAAAAAGGAGAGUGAUCGAAGUGUGGCAGCAGUACUUGGAGCCUCUGCAGUUAGCUUCUCUGGUCUUCAAGGCCCUUUUCGACUCUCUUCUUCUCGAUGCGUUUCGUGCCGAUGGGAUUCCAGGAAAAUCCGUUCGCCUAAUUAAUGACAUCGAUAGAAGAACAACAGCUGCCGAAUGUGCAACAUCAUUUAAGGUCGUAACAGGAUUAAAAGAAGGAGCAGUGGCAGGACCAUUCCUAUUCAAUUUUGCAAUCGAGGAAAACAUGGGAAGAACAGUGAAUCCCCGUGAAUUGUGA